CAGACCGUGGGAGCUGCACUGGAUAGUAAUCCUACACCUCAAUACCUGAGGACCAUACACAAAUAGUGAACUGUUUGGAUUUUAGAAGGACCCUGCUUCAACCAGGAUGAACUUUGCUGCCCAGUUAUUCUACUCAAGCUACUUGAAUGAGCGACUGGAGCGAUUGUUUUCACCAAAGCCUGCAAUUAAAGACACAGAAGAAAAUGACCCCUUUUGGCACAGAGAGGAGUUGCGUCUGGGCCCUGCAGAUCCAGGUGACUCUUUCAAAGGAGUUCAGUUCAGUAAUGGCGCCGUGGGCCGCAGACCGACCCUCAUUGAACCAGAAAGGCUGAAGGACUUUGGUGAAGAGGAACUCCUUAACGGGGACGUCAAGGUCCGCGAACCCAGGGUGGUGGUCGAAGCGCCUGUAAUCACACUAAUGGAACCGCCAAAAACCAGACGAGUCAGUGAGUUCAGGAUCGUCCCCAGACCGGCUCCUCUGUACCUUCGCUUUGAGGACAUUAGCGCUGCCGCCUUCACCAUCCAAUCGGCGAUACAGAAGACGCCCUGCACAUACUCUCGGCUAUCCAAACAGUAUAGCAUGGAGAUUUAUCUGAAGAAGGAGCACCUUCACUAUACAGGCUCAGUGAAGGAGAGAGGAGCGUUGUACCUGCUAUCGUCCCUCACACAGGACCAGCAGAGGAAGGGUGUGAUUGUUGCCACUGACUGUAACUUCUCCAUGGCUGUGGCCCACCAUGCAGUGGAGCUGAAGAUCCCAGUGUUUGCCAUCAUGCCGUCAUGUUGUUCGUCGCCUCGUUUAAGGAUCUACAGAGACUACGGUGCCAUGGUCAUUUCCUAUGGCAGCACCAGUCACGACUCUAAGAACCACGCCCGCCAUCUGGCCAACGACAAUGGAUACCUCUACUUGGAAGAGGAUGAAAGUGCGACCUACCUCGCAGGACUGGGCACAGUGGGCAUGGAGAUCUACGAACAAGUGCCCAAGCUUGAUGCGGUGGUGGUACCUGCAGCUGGACAGUAUGGUUUACUGGCAGGCACAGCGGCAGCCAUUAAGCAUCUCAGCUCAAACAUUCUUGUCAUAGGAAUAGAACCUGAAGGUUUCCCUUUGCUGUUGCAAUCUCUGAAGACAGAUGGCCCCAUCAAAGACAUUCACAGCAACCCCAACACCAAACUAUAUGGAGAUCUCAUGGAGUGCUCGCUAGGUAACAACACCUUCCAGCUGGCAAAGAAACUAGUAGAUAAAGUCAUCUCUGUGAGUGAGGAGGAUUCUUUAGUGGCAAUGUUGAGGUUUCAAGAGUUUGAACGCUCCACUGUGGACACAGAGGGAGCCAUGGGAUUGGCUGCCAUUUUAGCUGGACAACUGCCAGAACUGAGAGGCAAAAGGGUGGCAGUGGUGGUGAGCAGCGCAAACAUGGAACUGGAUCUGGUGAGGCAGUGUGUGGACCGAGCUCUGGUGCUGGAAGAUCGUGUCAGCAAGUUUUCAGUGCAGCUGGGAGAAUGGCCGGGAGACAUGGCCAAGCUGCUGGACCUCCUGUCCAGAGAGGACGUCAGGUUGUUGGACGUCAGCCAUCGGAGGCAUAGUGACAAGUCGGACCUUUUCAAGGCAAAGGUGGAGUGUGUGGUGGAAACCAGAGAUAAGACGCAAAGCGCUCAGCUGCGGAAGACACUGAGCGAGCGCUACCCGUCUCUAUGCUGGCUGGAGCGAUGAUCCGUCACCACAAAUCCAUCAAACUAUUCAUAACCACAAAGAUCAAUACGAUGAUGAAAUGACACAUCUCAAACGUGUAAGGGAGGACUUCAGUCAUCCUAUGUUCAUCAUGUCUGAGUGUAUAUUGAAAAGCAACACAAUUAUAGUACAAAUACUAUUCAUAAUAUACUGUUUCAUCACUUAUUCAUUCAAAGUACAAUGGAUUAGUGAGGUUGUAUAUAGCUCAUGUAGUUUCCUCUCUAUCCAGGAACGAAAGAAUUGCUGAUCCCCUAUAGACAGGCAUGAUGCAUUGCAUAAACACAAAGUACAGUAAGUGGGCAUGUGCACUUGAAACCAUCGGCAUUAGUUACACACAAUCAAGCGGAAUUGCUAACAAGAGCCAUUUCAAAUAUUCUGCCUUUACAAAUUAAAGUACGGCCGGAAUUUAUGAUGCAGUUCUCGCAUUUCAUUAGAUUUGGUGCAACUGAUAAUGUCUCUGUAUAUACAGAAAACUUGUAUUUCAUAUAUAAAUACUAAGAUGCCUAUUUUUGGAAUUCGUAUUCUUUUUGAAAUGUUGUACAUAUGUGUCAGUAUUAUUUAUACUAUUGCAUUAGGUGCCGUAGUGUAUCUCCUAGGCGCAGAAAUGUCAGAAUAAAGUAUUACUAAUUAUAUUGUGUUAAUUACAUUGUCAUUCUUCAUGUACUUGUAUAUAGAGAACCUUAGAUGAGUAUGGACUGAUGGGAGCAUACAGUGGGGCAAGUAAGUAUU